AUGUUCUCAAAAUGUAGAACUGACGCGUUUAGGAAGAUGUCUAUGAAAUGUUUCGCCCUUAGUUAUAAUAUAAAAAAGGAAGAAAGAUUGUUGGAGAUGCACAAGUCCAAUUUCGUAGAAAACGGCACUAAUAUUAAUUUUCGUUCAUCAGUGAAGGCGAGCGAAGCAAACUCCACAGAAAGUCUGAAGUCCGGCUUUAGCCGGACGUUCAGACUGUACCACUUUAUCGACCCCGGAGGUCUGAAUGCGUUGGUAGGCUUCAACCCUCCUAUGGAUCGUGCAGACGCAGCGGCACCUCUUAUCGCUCCAGAAUAA